AUGGCAAGAGUCACUGGAAUCAGCGACAAAGUGGCAGUCGACGCUUUACGGAAAACUCUCUGGUAUAGGUCAAAACUCCGACAAUGGAUAUCCCUUGAAAAACCGAGAACAAUCCAGGACGCUCUUCACAAGGCAACGGACUUCAUCAUGAUGGAGGAAGAGAUGAAAGUCCUCUCCCAGAAGUACAACCCGCAGAAGACGUCCGCGAGAACGAAAAACCCUCGUAACGACAGGUAUGUCCACCACCAGGGAGAAGAUCUCCAGGGUGAGCAUAAUUACGCUAUCAACUCCGAACAGGGAAAGACUUCCGGAAAUACGUGGACCAGGAACCAGUUCAAGGAUAAUUCCUACUGCGAGUUCCACCAGACCAGAGGUCAUUUCACUAUGAACUGCAAGGUUCUCGGCACAAGGCUUGCUGCGAAGCUCCUCGCCGGUGAAAUUUCGAAGGUCACAGGUAUAAAAGACAUCCUCUUGGAUUCCGAUCACCCUCCCAAAACUGAUAAAGAGUCCCCCGAAAAUGAUACCCGCACAAAUCAGUCGGGCGAGAAACGCGGAAGGAGGCAGGAUGGCCGAGGAAACAACAGCAACCGUCGAAGGGUGAGCAUGAUCAUCUGGGGAUUGCAGUUCUAUCACGAUUUGAUCUCGUCGAUCAAAGCUUAUGGACGGAAUGCUGAGACGAGUUCAAGCUGGCUGGCUGGGUCCCUAACCGACGAUGCCCCUAACAAUACGAUCGUCUUCGAAGAGCGGGAAACCAUCGGAAUCGACAAACCUCACUGCGACCCAUUGGUUAUCGAUCUGGUAAUUCGAGAUCUGGAAGUGGGAAGGAUCCUUAUCAACACGGGAAGCACAGUCAACGUCAUCUUCCGCGAUACCCUUCGAAGGAUGAACAUUGAACUCGGAGAAGUCUUCCCGGAACCAAAACCUCUCAUCGGUUUCUCAGGUGCAACGUCAAUGACCCUCAGAUCAAUCAAACUCCCAGUGAUGGCUAAAGAGGUGACGAAAAUCAUUGACUUUGCGGUAGUUGACAAACCGGCCAUGUACAAUGUCAUCAUGGGAACUCCUUGGAUCAAUGCCAUGAAAGCGAAACAGUCUAGGCUCUGCUUCUUGGCCGAGCAUAAACUACGACAAACUCGAAACACCCUCGCGGUCAACCUGAAGCGGGCUAAGAAAGCUCAAAACGCUCCCGAGAGCUCCAUAAAAAGUGAACCAGAAUCACCCGACCAUGCAACGACUCCAGACAGCGACAUAGUCCCCGAGUCCAUCGCCUUGACAGCGGACAGUCCGACCCCUGAAACGGUCGUCGAUCCAACUGAAGCCCCAACAGCUGAAGUAACCGGAAUGAUCCCAUCCAGCGAGUAG